AUGAAGGGGGACCUGGGGCCUUUUAACCCUGGUUUACCAGUGGAAGUGCCCCUGUGGCUGGCAAUUAACCUGAAACAAAGACAGAAAUGUCGCCUGCUCCCUCCAGAGUGGAUGGACGUAGAAAAAUUGGAGAAGAUGAGGGAUCAUGAACGAAAGGAAGAAACUUUUACCCCAAUGCCCAGCCCUUACUACAUGGAACUUACCAAGCUCCUAUUAAAUCAUGCUUCAGACAACAUCCCGAAGGCAGAUGAAAUCCGGACCCUGGUCAAGGAUAUGUGGGACACUCGUAUAGCCAAACUCCGAGUGUCUGCUGACAGCUUUGUGAGACAGCAGGAGGCACAUGCCAAGCUGGAUAACUUGACCUUGAUGGAGAUCAACACCAGCGGGACUUUCCUCACACAAGCGCUCAACCACAUGUACAAACUCCGCACAAACCUCCAGCCUUCGGAGAGUACUCAGUCUCAGGACUUCUAGAGAAAGGCCUGGUGCGGGCGGCUUGCCGGGGGAUGUGAGUGCUCAGGACGUGAUGAGGUACUCGUGGUUCUGGAGCUCUAGAAACACUUUGAAUGCAUGAAAAACAUGGUGGUGCAAGGAAUGGAUUCAGGACAUUGUUGGAGAAGCAACAAGUUUGUGAUUAGUCCUUAAAACUUAGCUCCCUGGAACAUUGUUCAAUUCCACAUCUGUUUCUAGAAACCAGCCUUUUUUUUUCCCCCUUUUGAGAAAGAAAAAAGCUUUAGGCAAGUAAGUUAUUCUCCCUAGCAGAGCCACAUGGGUCUCCUGCGUGGAAUCUGUCACACUCGGGCAAGUGUUCAGUGACUGGUAGGUAUAGAUACAGCAGGAGUGGCCAUGUGGCCCACAGCUUUUUUCUGCCUUCUUAAUCCUGGUUUCUUGGGCUGAAUUUGGACUCUCCCGGAGGUGGCUCACAGGGAAGGAUGGCAGAUGGUGCAGCUAACAAUGCUGACCAGUGCUUUUCCUCUAAGCCCUGAUGCACAAUAAACAUGGACCCAACCCA